ACCUGCUGAGUUCCUCCAGCGUUUUUUGGGCGCUGCUCGAACUUACAGGUUGCUUUCGUUCAGAAGCGCACCGCCACUUCCGCCUGUGUUCUUUAAAACCUACUCCCCUUCCAGAUACAGGGUAGUGGGAAGUUCAAAGAGGAAUCAACAUUAACGAGAACUGCGGAUCGCCGCGAAACUGAGGCGAGAGCAUAGCGGAUUUGAGUUCGGAAAUGAUCAUCUGGUUCCUCCUUCAGCUUGCAUUAGCCUUGAUGCUGGGAACAAAAUGGGCUGAAUCAUCCAAAUGCCAUCCCACAAAAGCAGAAGCGACUUGCAAGGAAUGCAUCAAUUUAGGACCAGGUUGUGCUUGGUGUAAGACACUGAAUUUCACAAAGGCUGGAGAACCAGAGUCUGCACGGUGUGAUUCUGAGGAACUGCUGAAGAACAGAGGUUGCAAAGAUGUGGAUAUAAUUAAACCUGCAAAUAUGAUGAAUGUGGAUAUGAACCGGCCACUUGGAACUCACAGAGAUACUGUGAUACAAAUAAGACCCCAAAAAGUUCAUCUAGUUCUUCGACGAGGCAGCCCACAGGAGAUUGAGGUGAAAUUUAAGCGUGCUGAAGGUUACCCUGUUGACCUUUACUAUCUCAUGGACCUGUCCUAUUCCAUGAAAGAUGAUUUGGAGAAAGUGAAGAAACUGGGAGAACAGCUUCUUGAAGCCUUGAAAAGUGUCACUAACUCUAUCCAAAUUGGAUUUGGUUCCUUUGUGGACAAGACAGUACUACCCUUCGUUAACACCCAUGAAGAGAAGAUGAAAAAUCCAUGCCCUGAUAAAAAUGAGGCGUGUCAGCCUCCGUUUGAUUUCAGGCAUGUCCUCAAGCUAACAAAUAAUGCAAGUGUAUUCACUAGAGAAGUCGGAAAACAAUCUAUUUCUGGAAACCUGGAUCCUCCAGAGGCAGGCCUGGAUGCCAUGAUGCAAGCAGCAGUGUGUGGGGAGCAGAUUGGGUGGCGCAAUGUCACACGUCUUCUUGUGUACACUUCAGAUGACGGAUUUCAUUUUGCUGGAGAUGGGAAGCUUGGAGCAAUCCUAACACCCAAUGAUGGCAAGUGCCAUCUUAAUAAAGAUGGCUUUUAUGAAGACAACACAAAAUAUGACUAUCCAUCUGUGGCUGAGUUGGCUACUAAGUUAGCUGAAAAUAACAUUCAACCCAUUUUUGCAGUCACAAGUAAAAUAAUGCCAAUAUACCAGGACCUGAGCAAAAUGAUCCCAAAGUCUGCAGUGGGUGAAUUGAAGGAGGAUUCCAGUAAUGUGGUUCAGCUAAUCAAAGAUGCCUAUAAUAAUCUUUCCUCUGAAGUGAUAAUAAAGCACAACACCUUGCCAGAUGGGGUCCGGAUCUCUUACAAAACACAUUGCAAUGGUAAAGAAACAAAAAGCGAUAAGGAGGGAGUCUGCUCAAAUGUGAAGAUUAAUCAGGAGAUAAGUUUCACAGUCACAGUAACUGCAGACGAGUGCCUGUCAAAGACAGAGUCGUUUGAGAUCAAACCCUUGGGUUUCACUGAGAAUUUAGAAAUUACUUUAAAGACAGAAUGCGACUGUAAAUGUGAUGACAAACCUGAUUAUCUCGGCACUGCAACACCAAGGGUUAUGUUAAGUGUGGUAUAUGCAGUUGUGUUGAGGAUUGGACUGGCAAGUUUUGCGAUUGUGACGUUGGUAAACGCUCCACUCAAGAAAUGGAUGCACUAUGUCGUAGAGAUAAUACAUCGACCACCUGCAGCAACCAGGGAGACUGUGUUUGUGGUGCAUGUUUCUGCCAUACUCAUCCCAACAAAAAAAUUUAUGGCAAGUACUGUGAAUGUGAUGACCAGAACUGUGAGCGAAACCUGGGUAAACUGUGUGCUGGACAUGGAAAGUGUGAUUGCGGAAUAUGUCUAUGUGAUCCAGGAUUUGAUGGAACUGCCUGUGAGUGUGCAAAAGCUCUCGAGCAAUGUAAACAGACCCAAGGUAGUCAAAUCUGCAGUGGAAGAGGAAACUGCACCUGUAAUCAGUGCAUAUGCAAUGCAGGUUAUCAACCUCCAUAUUGCAAAGAAUGCCCAGGAUGUCCAUCUCCGUGCCCAGCCCAUGUACAUUGUAUCGAAUGCCUUGGAUUUUCAAGUGGUCCAUUUGCAAAAAACUGCACUGAAUCCUGUCCGAAUAUAAAACACACCAAAGUGGAUGAACUAAAAGAGCAGAACAUUUGUAAAGAGAAGGACUCGGAGAACUGCUGGAUAAAUUUCGUCAUGAAGGAAUUAGAUGGAGUUGCAAACUAUCAAGUGACUAUCCUGAGUA